UGGGUUGCCAUUUCCUUCUCUAGGGGAUCUUCCUGAUCCCUGACCCAGGGAUCAAACCCCAGUCUCCCACACUGAAGGCAGACUCUACCAUCUGAGCUACCAGGGAAGCCCAUAUGACCCAUGAAGCCUAAAAUAUUUGCAAUCUAACCUUAUUUAAGAAAAAGUUUGGAGCGCAGCGAGGACCAUGUUGCUUCCAAACAUCCUGCUCACUGGUACACCAGGGGUUGGAAAAACUACAUUAGGCAAAGAACUUGCAUCAAGAUCAGGACUGAAAUACAUUAAUGUGGGUGAUUUAGCUCGAGAAGGGCAGUUAUAUGAUGGCUAUGAUGAAGAGUAUGACUGUCCCAUUUUAGAUGAAGAUAGAGUAGUUGAUGAGUUAGAAAACCAGAUGAGUGAAGGUGGAGUUAUUGUUGAUUACCAUGGCUAUGAUUUCUUCCCUGAACGCUGGUUUCAUAUAGUAUUUGUGCUGAAAACAGAUAACAGUAUUUUGUACAAAAGACUUGAAAAUAGGGGUUAUAAUGAGAAGAAACUAAAAGAUAAUGUUCAGUGUGAAAUUUUUCAAGUUCUUCAUGAAGAAGCCUUAGCAUCCUACGAGGAAGAAAUAGUGCAUCAACUGCCGAGCAAUAAACCAGAAGAUCUAGAGGAUAAUAUCAAUCAGAUACUGAAAUGGAUUGAGCAGUGGGUCAAAGAUCACAGUUCUUAACAAGAAUGGCCACUGCACAAUCACUCUUGAUAUCUCUCUGCUGAUGUCACAAAUUAUUCAGUUAUCAAUAAAACUUUCUUAUUGAAAUUGUGCUGUUAGACUAGGAGGUGGAUAGUAUAAAGGUUUAUGUUUGGGUUUUUUUCUCUAUGAGAAAGCUAAACUCGAAUAUAAUGAAUAAUACUAUUAAGGAUUGAGAGUUAAGACUGUAAAAGUUUAUUACAUAAGAAAAUCAAGAUGAUCUCUUAAAACACAGGUUAAAGAUAAAAAAAAAAAAGAAAAAGUUUGCCAACUCUUGAUGUAUAGGAAUAUAUCUGUGCUUCAUACUAAAACCUUUUAUUCUGCAUGGUUGUGUGAAUAUAAGUAUGUUUAGGCUUUAUUUCUUCUCAUCCAAAAAGGAACUGUGGCUACAAGUCUCAUAACUCUGAAUCUUAUACUCUCACUCCAAGACUUCUUGCUAAAAAGAUAGGAUUUCACAGUGUUUCCUUGCUCAGUCCUGACUUCCUUGACAUAGUUAGGGAUGUCAAGUCUCCUGUAAUCAGUCUGCACUCCCAAAUUUUCAUGUUGUAAACAUGGGUUAAUUAAUUCUUCCCUUCAAGAUGGGAUGUCCAUUUUGACAGUGUCAGCUGUUUGUGCUGCCCUCAAUUGGCAUGAACAGUUGUCUUCUCUUAGAAUCCUUUUUCCCCUGUCCCACCCUUCACUGUAUUUGUCAACAUUAACUCAUUAUAAUUAGGGUUAUAGCCACCACCUAGGAUCACUGAAGCAUCGAUGUUUCAAUUCUUGUUUGUGUACAGGAAAAAUGAUCAGAUAGUUUUUCAUUCUGCCAUCUUAAA